UGACCACUAUAGACGCUUCUAUGCUAUUUCUCUUCAAAUUCAAGCGUUUCUGUGGUACAGUUGACGAAAACCAAUAUGUCUGCGCCCACGUUGACGAAGAAACAAAUCCAGCAAACUAUAAGGAAGGGCAAUAGUAGGCCGGUGGUGAAGACCGCACUAUCUAGUCCUUACAACAUACAAUGGCCAACUGUCCAAGAAGAUGUUCAAGAAGAAAUACUUCAGCGCCUCCUGAGCACAUUGAAGUCACUAGAUAUUGCCAGACCUAAAAGCCGUAAAAAGAAAAAGAAAAACAAGACAGAAGAAACGGAGAAAGAUACUGCAAUGCCAGUGGCGAUUGAAACACUAAGAAACAGAAAGCAGCUCCUGUUCGGUGUGAAUCAGGUGACCAGAGGGUUGGAGAAAGACGAAGUACGGUUGGUCAUCUCAUGUCGAUCUGCUCAACCAGUCAUCAUAACAAGACAUCUGAUUGGUUUAGCAGCCCUGAGGAAAUGUCCAGCAAUCUGUGUCAGUAGUCUCAACAAGUCCGUUUCUAAGGUCAUGAACAUGACAUCUGCUGUGGCCAUUGGAUUCAAGAAAUCAUCAGGAAUUAAAGAUUCAAGUGUAUUUGAUGAGCUGGUGGAAUUCGUAGCUAAGCACGCUCCUGAUAUAACGCUGCCCUGGCUACCUGGGAAUUCAGUCGACAUAUCAAAAAUGGAGGCCCCCGUAGAGAAAAUGGAUACCGGUGCAGACCCCGCAAGUCCAAACGUUGCCAGUGAAGUAGAGAGUUCCGAGCAAACGGUGAAGAAUGAAAGUCCAUCUAAAGAAGCGUCACUUAAUGAAUGCAGUGACGGAGAAAUUAAAGAAAAUUCAAAAGGAGCUGGGGACAGGUCUCACAAUGAAUCCAUAAACUUUGUAAAACCACACAUAAUGCGAACAGAUGAAGGAAAAGUGGACUACUCACGUUUCUAUGUGUAUAAAUCAGAGGCAACCAAGUCAAAACAGAACUGGCCAGAAUUUAUCAAAUUCUCAAGUGAUCCGGAGGAGUCUGUAGUUUAUAGAAAUGAGUCGGUGAAAAGACAUCAUGUAGAAUAUGAAAAAGUGUCUGUGAAAAGAAUUCCUACAAAUCCAGACAGAAAGAAAAAGAAAAAGAAACUCAAAAAUUAGGAAAUGUCAUUAUGAUUAAAAGUUU